AUGGGCUUCACCCUCGUCAUCGACAACUACGACUCAUUCACGUGGAACGUGUACGCCGACCUCAGCGUGCUGGGCGGCAACCCCCUCGUUGUCCGUAAUGACAAGAUCACCCUCGACGAGAUCAAGGCCAUGUACGACAAGGGCGAGAUUGACCGCGUCGUCAUCUCCCCCGGCCCCGGACACCCCAGAACUGACUCUGGUAUCUCGCGCGACGUUAUUCAGUGGGCCCUCGGCAAGCUCCCCCUCAUGGGCGUCUGCAUGGGUCUCGAGUGUCUCGUUGACGUCCUCGGCGGAGAGAUUGCCUACGCUGGAGAGAUCAAGCACGGCAAGACGUCGCUCGUCAAGCACGACGCUGUUGGCUGCUUUCACGGCCUGCCGCCCCUCCUCGCGUCGACCCGCUACCACUCGCUCUCGGCCAAGCUCCUCUCCCUCCCGUCGACGCUGAAGGUUACGUCGACGAGCGAGGAGUCCGAUGUCAUCAUGGGCGUCCGCCACGUCAAGUACACGGCCGAGGCGGUUCAGUACCACCCCGAGUCGUGCAUGUCCGAAGGCGGCCGCGGGCUGUUCGCCAACUUCCUCAAGCUGAAGGGCGGCACCUGGGGCGGCGAGAAUGAGUGGUGCGGCGUCCCUGCCGCGGGCGAGGGAGAGCCAAAGCCCGCCGCUGUUCCCCAGCCUCCCGAGUCCGUCAAGCCGAAGAGCGCUCCUUCGAUCCUGAACAAGAUCUACGCGCAGCGCCAGGCCGACGUAGAGCUCGCCGAGCGCACCCUGGCGACCACCCCUGCCAACCUCCGCAACGCGAUCAACCUCCACACCGCGCCGCCGCUCAUCUCCUUUGUCGACCGCAUCAAGUCCACCCCCCACACCGCCGUUAUGGCCGAGAUCAAGCGCGCGUCCCCGUCCAAGGGCGACAUUGCGCCGAACGCGUCUGCUCCCGCCCAGGCGCUGCGGUAUGCCAUUGCCGGGGCCAGUGUCAUCUCCGUUCUCACUGAGCCGACCUGGUUCAAGGGCACGCUCGGCGACAUGCUCUCUGUCCGAAGGGCCGUCGACUCGAUGCCGAACCGUCCCGCCAUUCUGCGUAAGGACUUCAUCCUCGCCAAGUACCAGAUCGACGAGGCGCGUCUGCACGGAGCCGACACGGUGCUACUCAUCGUCGCGAUGCUCGACGACGCCAAGCUCAAGGAGUUGUACGACUACUCUGUCAGCCUCGGCAUGGAGCCACUGGUUGAGGUGAACAGCCCCGCUGAGCUUGAGCGUGCCCUCGUCAUCGGUUCCAAGGUCAUCGGCGUCAACAACCGCAACCUGCACGACUUCAACGUCGACAUGUCGACGACCAGCCGCGUCAACGACGCGCUCAAGGGCCGCGACGUCAUCCUCUGUGCCCUCUCGGGCAUUGCCGGCCACGAUGAUGUGGCCAAGUACGUCGAGGAGGGGGUCCGCGCCGUGCUCGUCGGCGAGAGCCUGAUGCGCGCAAAGGACGCGGGCGCGUUCCUGCGCGAGCUCAUCGGUCUGCCGAAGGCGACCGAGGCGGCGCCGGAGAAGCCGCUCGUGAAGAUCUGCGGUGUGCGUUCGGCCAAGGACGCGCAGGUCGCUGUCGACGCCGGCGCCGACCUCGUCGGCGUCAUCUGUGUCCCGGGCACGAAGCGAUACGUUGCGCCCGAGGUCGCGCGCGAGAUCGCCGACACGGUGCGCCGGGGACGCAAGUCUGGCUCUGGGGCAAAGGUCUCGAGCCCGCUCUGGUUUGGCGCGAACGCACAGCGGCUGCGCGCCCGCCGGCGCCCCCUCUCCGUCGGCGUGUUCCGCAAUCAGCCGCUCGACGACAUCAUUGCGGCCGUCGACGAGAUCGGCCUCGACAUCGUCCAGCUGCAUGGCGACGAGCCGCAGCAGUGGGCGGCCCAGAUCCCCGUGCCUGUCAUCAAGGUCUUCCGCGUGUCGGGCGAGACGAUCAAGGGCGGCGAGGUGUCGCGCCCGGGUCUGAACGACUUUGUGCUCCUCGACGCGGCCGGAGCUUCGGGCGGCGCUGGAGGUGGUGACGGUGUUGCGUUCGACUGGGGCGUCGCCAAGCGCGUCGCGGACGAGGGCGAGGUCGGGUCCGAGGGCAAGGCGAGGCUGCCGCUCAUUCUUGCCGGUGGACUCACGCCGGAUACCGUCGCCCAGGCCGUCAAGGAGGUCGGCCCGCUCUGCGUCGAUGUCAGUACCGGUGUCGAGGCUGAGGACGGAACAAAGGACCCGGCAAAGGUCAACGCCUUCGUCAAGGCCGUCAAGGGAUAG